UUUGUUGCGGUCAGUGGCCGAGGACAGGCAGGCCGAUGAUGAUGACACUGGAGGGACGCCACCCCGCCAGUAUCUGGUCGCUGCUAAUCGAUGGCUGCCCAUCAAGCGCCAAAGCGCUAAGCAAAUAAGCAACAGGAGCCGCGACUGUGCCCCAAGUCGCGCGCCAUACAAAGUCUGCGUUGGCGUUAGCGUCAGCGUCGCUGUCAACGCCUCGCUCGGCCAACGGUGGAAAUAGAAAAUAAAUAAACAGUUUUAGUUGCUGGCGGUGAUUCCUGGGGAGCAGCAGCAUAGCACGCGUCCAGUCGCGGCGACACCUGCACCAUCGGCUCGGCCACAAGUGCCACAAGUGUUGCGACCUGCCACACGCUCCACACGCCAAGGCCACGCCAUGCUGGCGGCACAAGAGAAUCGCUUUCAGUACGUGUACUUCACGCUGUCCGGCCUGGUGGCCAGCGCCAUGCUCGUCCUGGUCUACAUCUCCAUGCGCACGAGCCUUAAUGAGCGGCUGCGUGUCGACCUGGAGCACCUGCAGCGCCAGCUGAUACUGGAGAAGCCGAAUCCGCACUGGGACUACAACAACAGCUGGCGCAGGAUCGGCAAUGCCUCGCUGCGGCAUGAGAUCUAUUCGGCCUACUUCGAUGCACGCACAGAGAUCAUAGGUAAGGUCCGCCUGGAUGAGGCACAGAUGACCAUCGGCUCGCUGCGCAUCUUCGCCACGCUGCCGGUGCGCCUGAGGGACUCCAAGGUGAGCUGCAUCGUGCGCUUCGCUGACUUUAGCAGCCAGGAGAUCUUGGCCGAGGAGGCGGGCGCCAUGCACGAAGUGCACAACAACAGCUUUGCGGCUUGGAGUGUCAUGUGUCCGCUGCAUGCGUCAAGGCGCGAACCGAUGCGCCUGCCACAGGCGGUGGCCCUCAGCUAUGCCUCCAAUCGCUUGAGCCACCUCAGUCCCAGCUUCAUACAGAUUAGUUAUCCCCGCAACAUGUCGAGUCUGUUUGUCAAGUCGCGACCCGCCAUCUCCGUGUGCGUGGGUCCGCUCCAGGAGAACUACUCUAACGUGCUGCGCCUGGUGGAGUUCGUGGAGAUGUACCGGCUGCAGGGUGCCGCCCAUUUCUACUUCUACUACGUGGAGGCCAGCGAUGAGGUGCGCCGUGUGCUGACCCACUAUCAGCGCCUGGGCCUGGCGGAUGUCUUCGAGUGGAACGUGCAGCCGCAUCUGCAGGACUUGCACUACGCCGGGAUCGUGGCGCAGUUCAAUGACUGUGUCUAUCGCGCCAAUGUCGUGGACAACUAUCGGUACGCAGCCGUGGUGGAUCUGGACGAGGUGCUGAUGCCCCUGAAGCACAAUUCGCUGGCGGACUACUUGCGCCAGUGCGACGAGGGCCGCACCACCGGCUUUGUCUUUCGCAAUGUGUUCUUCUACCGGAAGGACAGCAACGACACCUUCAAUGCGCCGGGCCACGUGCUCAACCGGCUGCUGUAUACUCAGUCCAAGGUGCGUCGCACCCUGGAGAUCAUGCCCGCCUAUGUGCGCAGCAAGCUGGUGGUCAACACCCGCUCCAUCGUGGAGAUGGGCAACCAUCAGGUGUACCGCGCCGCUCCAGGCUUCGUGGACCACGUGGUUCACCCGUCGGUGGGGCUGCUCUUCCACUAUCGCGAUAAGUGCAUCAACUGCAAGAUGGUGCUUAUCGUGGACUACACUGCCAGGCGCUUCGGCUCGCUGCUCUUCGAUCGCGUCGACACCACUUGCCUCGAGGUCUUCAUGGACCGCCGCGGCAUCUGCGAGCUGGCGUAGUCUUAUCGCUGUCCCAUCUCCAGCCAGCCCCAAUCUGUACUGUACCACCGAACGCCCCCUAAAAACAGAGAUCUCUGCGGGUUAGAGAAUCUAAGCUGGAAACCGAACCGAACCGAACGAAUGGCCUUUCAGUUCAGUGCUGUGGAUGAUCUCAGCCAGUCGCCAGUCGCCAGUCGCCAUGCUGAAGUUUUGCUCCCUGCGCCGCGGCAAGGAGUCCACAGGCCAACGUGUGUCCAAGAGUGUAUGACAAAUUAGGCUAAGUUCCAAGUAGUUGUUCGUCUAAGUGUUAUGCCUUGUGUAAUAAAGUGUGCUUGAGUGAUUUUGUUGUAAUGUUA